AUGAAAUUAUUAUUAAUUUUAAUUUUAAUAAUAAAUAAUUAUAAUUUAUGUUUAUCAUAUGAAUGUAAUUCAAAUAGAACAUAUGGAUUAAAAGGAUCAUCAUGUGAAAUAAAUGCAGAUUGUUUAUUCCCAGAAGUAUGCUUUAAUUCUGUUUGUUCAAAAAUUCGUACAACUGGUGAAAGUUGUACAAAGAAAACAGAUUGUACAUUAACUUAUGACUUUGGAGAUUGUGUUAAUGGUAAAUGUGAAAUUAUUAUUGCAACUGGUGAUCGUUGUAAUCCAAAAGUAACCUCACAAAAGUGUUCAUCAUCGAGUGAAUGUAAAAAUGGAAUUUGUCAAUUAAUAUCAGCUUGUAAUAGUUACAAUUGCCCAUUGAAUCAAUAUUGUGAUGAUAAAACCAAACAAUGUAAACCAAUUCCAAAUGAUAUUAAUUCCAUAGUUUGUAAAGCUAAUUCCCAAUGUCCAACAAGUCAUAUUUGUACAUCAUCCAAUAAAUGUAUAAUAAAAUAUUCUUCAAAAGUUGGUGAAAAAUGUACCGAUUCUCCAUUACAAUGCAGGGUUUUCAAUGGUGAAAUAUGUAAUCAAGAAACUCAAAAAUGUAUUAAAAAUGAUCAAUAUUUUAAACAAUGUGAAGAUGAAUCAACAUGUAAUGGUGGUCUCUGUGUUUGUUUAGAUGAUGUUAAUAGCAAAUCAGUAUGUGUAGGUCCAAAUGGUGAAUUAAAUAAUGAAAAAUGUGUAAACCUUGAACAAAAACUUGAACAAUGUCUUAUAAAUGAAAAAUGUAAUACAUUAUCACCAAUAACUUGUAAAUGUUUUAAACAAUUUGAAUGUUUCCAAUAUGAAUGUAAUUCAGUUGAAAGAUUUUAUAAUUAUAAAUCAAAUUAUUAUCAAUCUUUAAAUUGUUCUAGAUUUUUAACAAAACCUUAA